AUGGGAAAGAAAAAAGGAGGUGGAAAAAGAGAAGAAUAUAUAGAUGAUCCAAGUGUUUCUCCGGCAAGCUAUGUGUUUUGGGAGGAUUUCUAUGAGGUCGGAGAAGGCAAAGCAUAUCAGAGAUCAGCUGCUAAACGUAAUCAAACCAGACUAUACAAAAAUGACUUAAAAGAAAAGGAAAAAGAAAAGGAAAGAGAUAGAGAAAGAGAUAAAGCUAGUCAACUUUCAAAUAUCUAUCAGAUUCUACAUAUUGGUUGUGGUAACAGUUUGAUUGCUGAAGAACUGCUACUAGAUAUUGAAGAGAACAAACUUUUAGAUUUAAAUAUACUGAACGUCGAUGUCUGUAGCAAUGCAAUCGAACGAAUGGUACAACGACAACUACACACCACCACCAACAAAAGAAUCAAACAAUCGCUCAAAUAUCAGGUGAUGGAUGCAACCGACACUCAAAUGCCAGAUGAUCAUUUCAAUGGUAUUAUAGACAAGGGUACAAUCGAUGCUUUACUUUCAACAUUGGAUGUGGAAGUCGGAGAGAAUGAAAUGGUAAAGAAAUUACUGGUGGAAAUGUAUAGAGUAUUGAAACCAGGUGGAUUCUUGUUUGUCGUCAGCAGAAAUACCUGUGCAGAGCAAUACUUUUACAUGGAGGAAUCGAUUGAGUGGAAUCUCACCACCACACCCCUCAAUGUUAACUCAUCCAAAGGCAAAGGAAUCAUCAAUCAAACCACUGUUGACAACAGCAGCACCAUCAUUGACUUUGUAAUAUCAAAUCUCAGUACUUAA